AAAUUUAUAUCAUUUAGGAGUUGUUGCAUCUAAUAUAAAAUUGAGAACAUAAAAAUUAACUUAGCAAUAAGUAAAAAAAGGUAAAAAAAUGAUUAUUGAAGGUUUGGAUGCAUUAAAACUUUGGCUUUCUAAGAAGUUGGAACCAAUAUGCGAUGCUGAUCCUGCAGCCCUUGCAAAGUAUGUAAUUGCUCUAAUUAAGAAAGACAAGAUUCAAGUUGAGUUAAAAGCUCUUUGUGAAGAUCAACUUGAUGUUUUUUUGGGUGACAAUACAAAGAAGUUUGUUGCUGACCUGUUUUCAAGUUUAGACACAAAAUCCUAUUUACCUGUAAAUCCUGAUAUUGUUACUAAUGACAAUCGUGUUUCUAACGAAAGUAAUAUUAUUGUGAAGACAAUCGUUAAUAAUGAACAGAAGGGAAGCAAAAGAAAGUCAAUUGAUGAAAAUGAUAAAAAUGAGAUAGAAAAAUUUCAAAAAACUGAAAACAAAAGUGAUGUUGGUAAAACUGAGAUGAUUGUAAACAAUAGUUCUAGAGAAAUAUUAGAAGUUAAACAAGUUACUAAUGAUUCUAAAUUAGACCCAAAUGAAGCAAAUACUGAUAAAAAUAAAAAGACUUCUAAAGAAUCUAUUGUUCUUAAACCCAGAAAUGGAACUGUAAAUGAAAAAGAUUUGUCCAAGGAAGUUUCACUUGAUAAAUCAUUAAAAAGUGCUUCUCCUGGUCAAGCAAGACGUAGACAUUCUUCUCGUCAUGGAUCAUCUCCUAAUAGAAUAAGUCGUCAUUCAAGGAGUUCACGUAGAGACCGUUCAAGGCGAGAACAUGAAAAUAAAAGUAGAGAGAGGAGGCCUAGACGUAAAGAAAAAGAUAAAUGUAGAGAUUAUGAAGAAAAAGGAUUUUGUAUGCUCGGCGAGGUUUGUCCAUAUGAUCAUGGACAUGAUCCUUUAGAGGUUGAUGAUACUAAUUUGCCACAGAUGCUUACUUUAGCUGGUCUACCUUCAAUCCAACCUCAUCAAAAUUUUACACAACAGCCUCCUCAACACCUUCAAUUUCUUCCUAAUAUGUUACCUUCACAUCCAAUGCGUCCUCUCCAACCUGCAGUUCCUGGUGCUUUAUCACUUAAUACUGGAUUGACAACAGUUCAUAUACAAAAGCAAACACCGAUUCCAUCGCCUAUUGAAAUUAACAGAAAUCAAGUCCCUAUAUUUCGGCCUCGGAAUUCACUUGCUUUCAUAAAAAAUAAUUCUCCAGUUUUAAUGUCUGGAUCAAAACCGCACUUAGUUAAUGCUGGUGAAGCUUAUAAUCCUGAAGCUCCUGCUAUUGAAGCGACAGAAUCUAGUAUUAUGAAAAGUGACGGUUCUUUUUCUUCUAAACUUGAAAGAGCUGAAUCUGAUAAUAAAACACACAAUGAACUUAUUCAAAUUGCUUUGGGUAAUGUACCCUUAACACCUAUUGUUGGUACACAACCAAAUAACAUAUUUCAAUUAAAUAGUCAAAUAAAUACAAUACAACCGCAAAAUCAAACAUUUCAAAUGUAUCAAAAUGUUCCUGGUUCCGAUAUACUUCAGCAGACGUAUCUUCCUAUAUCAUUACCAAAUCAACAACAACAUCAACAGCAACAGCAGCAGGCCUUUCAUAUUCAAAUGCAGCUACAACAACAUCAAGCAACAACAAUACUUGCACAUCAACAACAGCAACAACAACAAGCUGCUGUUCAAAUACCAUUAAGACAGCCAUUUCAUAAUAAAACUGUGUUGGAAAUUCGCAAAAUUCCCUCAAAUUUAAAUAACAUUGUUAAGAUUAGUGAACAUUUUCAGAAAUUUGGUGUCAUUACAAAAGUACAGACUCCAUUUGAUAAUGAUCAACAAGCAGCCUUAGUAGAAUUUGCAACAUAUCAGCAGGCAAAUUCUGCGUACAAUUCUCCUGAAGCUAUACUUGGCAAUCGGUUUAUCAAAAUGUUUUGGCAUAAUCCUAACAGACAACAAAAAAAUAACAAUCAACAAGCAGUAAAAAAUACAAGUAGUCAAGAUGUGACGGUGGAACAAAAAACACAAAAACCAAAAAAAGUUGCAUCUUCAAAUGAAUUAGUUUACAGAAAUCCAAAAGCUGAUCCUAAUUUUAUAAACCAAGAGAAAAAAAAAGAAUUAGAAAAGCUCAAAAUGGAUCUUGCCAAAAAAAAGCAAUUUCAUUAUGAAGAGUUGCUUGAAAAACAAAAGGGAAUUUUAAAAAAAUUGCAAGAUGGAAAGACUCUCACAAAAGAACAAAGAGAACGUUUAUUGAAGACUUUCAAACAUUGUGAUGUAACGGUACAAAGGUUAAAAAAAGAGAUUUUAGAUGAUUCUCAAAUAAAACAAAAAAGUUCAGUACAAUAUACAAAAGACCCAAACAAAGAAAUUUUAGAUCGUGAGAUUGACAUAUAUAAUGGGCAUUUGGGCGGUGAUGAAUUAGAAGAGGCGAAGCAUGCACUAAUAUUACUCAAAAAACAGAUUGGAUUUAACCCUAGAGGAAGAGGAUUUCCUAAAACAAGAGGGCGUGGAGCAAGCCUGUGGCACCGUGGUCGAGGGCAUAAUGGAUUUAAAAACAAUAUUCUAGAUAAUCGGCCAAAACAACUUUUAGUUACAGGAUUUGCAGCUGAUGAAAAGGAAUCUGUCAUAUCACAUUUUGCCGCUUUUUCUCAAAUGGAUCGUAUUGAAGAAACAACCCCAGAUAAGCUGGUUCUUACUUUUCCGACUCGUCAGUCUGCAGAAACAGCUGCUACUCGCGGGGUGAAGUUUAAUGGUAAACAAUUGAUAUUGUCAUGGUUCCAUAGUCAACCUAAAACUUCAAUUAACAAUGAUAUUGAAUCUGAGCAUAAAAGGCUGGGUCGUAGUUUGUCGGAAAAAGACUUUGAUGAUGAUUUGCUCGAGUUAGAUAAAGAUGACGAAGAAAUGCUUUUGGCCGUCGAUGAUGACGAUGAUGGUGAUGAUGAUGAUGAUGAUGAUGAUGAAGAUGAAGACGAAGAAAGAUCCUGGAAGAGAUGAUUUUAAUUUAACUGAUGCAAUUCAAUAUUGUUUACAUGUUUAUCUAUUUUUUAACUUAAAAACGAGAUAUUUUGCUUUUGCAACAAGUUUAACCCGAAUUUAAAAUCAAUAACAUUACGUUUACAUUAUCCGAUUUUAUCAUCACAUCUGAUUUUAAAAUCGAUAACAUUAUGUGUAUUUUUUUAUUCAUGAAACAUGUAAAUACA